AUGGUUUACGAAGUUAAGCUCACUGGUACUGUUGUUUGCAGCGGUGGUAACCGUGGCAUUGGUCUUGCCAUUACCCGUGCUUGCGCGCAGGCUGGUGCCAAUGUCGCCGUCCUGUACCGCUCCCACCCCGACGCCGAAAAGAACGCCGAGGCUGUGGCGAAGGAGUUUGGCGUCAAAGUGAAGGCGUACCAGUGCGACGUCAGCGAUGCUGACCAGGUUAAGAAGGUCCUCAAGACGGCGGAGGAAGAGCUUGGCCAGAUUACUGCGCUGGCUGCCAACGCUGGUGUGUCGGUCGUGAAGCCUGCUCUUGAACUCACCGAGGAGGACUUCCACAAAGUCUUCAACGUGAAUGUUCUGGGUGUGUUUAACACUUGCAAGAGCGUUGUUUCCCACUGGGUCGAGACUGGCUACAAGAAGGGCUCCAUCGUUGUCACCUCGUCGAUGAGCUCUGAGAUCUACAACCAGAAGGGUCUUAACGAUCCUCUUACCCAGAUCUUCUACAACUCCUCGAAGGGAGCUGUUACCAACAUGGUCAAGGGUCUUGCUACCGAGUUUAUCAAGUACGGUGUGCGUAUCAAUGCCCUUGAGCCUGGCUUCUGCAACACGGAGCAGACCAGCGGCAUGGAUGCCAAGAUUCGCGACUACCAGGCUUCGAGCGUGCCCAUGGGUCGCUUCAGCGAGCCUGUGGAGCAGGGCGAGCCCGCUGCUUUCCUGCUGAGUGACCACGCCAGCUACAUGACUGGUAGCCAGCUGCGCGUGGACGGUGGUUUCACUUGCUGGUAA